AUGAAUGGAUGUUAUCAUUACCUACUGUUACUGAGCUUAUUCAGUUCAUUAGAGAAAACUAUUUCAAUUAAUCUACCAAAUGUAACUAUUCAACAUGUCUGUGAACAUGAUUUACUUUUUAUUAAAUGUUCAAAUAUAAAUGAAACAAUUCAAAUUAUACGUUCAAUGUAUGGACGUACAUCACAAAGAAUUUGUAAUUAUGAUUUAACAAAUCAAAUUUUUUAUAAAACAUGUGCAAAUAUUGAACAGUCAAAAUAUCAAACUAAACUUCGAUGUCAAAGAAAAUCAACAUGUCAAUUUCUUAUUGAUAAUACUAUUUAUACUGAUCCAUGUGGAUCAAAUAUAUCAAAACAUUUUGAAAUACAUUAUCGAUGUAUAAAUUUUGAUGAAAUUUGUUUACAAUUAUUUCAUAAUUGUUCAAUAUUAAAAGAUUUAAAAUGUAUAGAAAAAAUUCAAGAAGAUUAUUCAUAUCAAUGUCCAUCAACAAUAUGUGAAUAUAAUGAUAAAAAACAAUUAAUUGGUUUUAUUGAAAAUAUAUGUUCAUCAGAAAAAUUUCAAGGCAUUUAUUGGCCUAAAACACUUGUUAAUAAAGGUCAACAUAUGUCUUGUCCUUAUCCAUGCACUGGUCAAAUAUUUCGUUUUUGUCAUGUGAAUAAUCAAUGGUCAAAACCGAACUAUACAAAUUGUCAAUGUCCGAUAAACAGAUUUGAUCAAUUAUCAAUGCAUAAUUUAGCUCAUAGCUAUGUCUUUCAAUGUAAUUUUUGGUUAAUCAAUAGACUUUUGCCUAAGGAUAAUCAAUGCAUUUUUGAGACAGAUGAACAUGAUGAUAAUGAUUCAGCGACUUGUCUAUUAAGUGCUUUUGAAAAAAUGUCAUUUACAUCCUGUUUAUCGUUUAGUAUUGAUUUUAAAAAUCUUGGUUUUGAAAUUUUUUUACCAAUCAAUAAUAAUCAACGAAAAUUUCGUUUACCAAGAAUUGGUAAUGAAUUUAAAUCACAAUUUGGUUCAAAUCAAAUUUUGUUUAAUAAAAUUGAUAAUACAUAUGAAAAUUUACCUAUGAUGUUUAUUGAUAUGAAAAAUUCGAGUUCAAGUACAAAAUCAUUAAUUUUAGUUGAACAAUCAUAUAAUUUAACUUCAAUACAAACAGCAAAUGUAACAGUGAUAUUUAAUCAUCGAUCUUCAGAAUUACGUUAUCAAUGUCGUGCAUAUCGUUCAACAAAUUCAUCCUUUCAAAUCGAUACAUCAGAUAUAUUUUUUACAUGUCAAUUAUUAUGUUCAAAUGGUAGUCAUAUUAUAUGUCAAUGUCCAUUUUAUAAUCCUUUUAUGCAUUAUGUAUUACAAGUUGAUACUUCAAUAUCUGAAGAUAAUUUUGAAUUAUUAAUGAUUGAUAAUGAUUUAAAAGACGAAUGUUUAAUCGAUUCAUUCAAUAGAUCAAUUCAACAAUCAAUAAACAAAAUUGAUUAUUAUUUAAAAAAAUUUUCAUCAUUUCAACAAAAGAAACUUUUAUCUAAAAAAUUGAUUUCAUUUAUUGACACAUUAAUUGAUAAUGAAGAUGAAUGGUUAAAUAAGAAUUAUUAUUUGAAAUGGAAUAUAGCUAUGCGAUUUAUUCAACAAUUACAAUUUAUUGGUUUACAAUUAAUUGAUUUAACUAAUUCAUUUAUUUCAAUUCAUCAACAUAUUGAAUUUUUUAUUAAUUCUCAAGAAUAUGAAAAUAAAAAUCGAUCAAUAAUAAUUUCGAUUGAUAGCAAAAUGAAUAAUUCAACAUUUUUUAUUAUUUCAAAAUUACAUGACUAUUUAAAUAUAAAUCAAUCAUCAAAUAAAUUAAAUAGUCAUAUUGUUAAUUUAAAUAUUAAACAAAAAAAUAUAAAAAAUAUCCAAAUCAUAUUUCGACAUUUAAAUCUAUUGAAUAAUUCUAAUCAAAUAUCAACUUGUGUUUAUUUGAAAAGCAUUGAAAAACGUCGUAUGGAUAUCGAUGAUGAUCUAAUGAUUGUUCGUAAUAUUCUACAUAUAAAUAUGUCAAUUUGUUUAUUAAUUGCUCAAUUAUUAUAUAUAUUUGGUAUAAAUGAAAUAAAAUAUAAAUUUGGUUGUCGAACAAUAGCUAUUUUACUAUAUUAUUUUCUUCUUGCAACAUUUUCAUGGAUGUUUGUUGAUGGAAUUGAAUUAAUAAUUGCAUUAAAACAUACUUUAAAAAUCGAUCGUAUUAGAAUAUUUGCUUAUUCAUUAUAUGCAUAUGGAUUUCCAUUACUUAUUGUUAUUCUUUCUGUUGUACUUUCAACUCAUGAACAUUAUUCUAAUAAACAGUAUGUAUGA